CGGAGCUGGGCGCUCCUUCUCCUCGCAGGGACCCGCGCACGCGCACCACCCGCCCUGCUCCCGUCGGUCAGUGAGCAGUACUAUGGUGGAUUAUCACGCAGCUGGGCAAACCACUUACCAGUACGGCGGCAACGGGCCGGGCAUCGGCGACUACAUGGCUCAAGAAGACGACUGGGACCGAGACCUCCUGCUCGACCCCGCCUGGGAGAAGCAGCAGCGCAAGACUUUCACAGCAUGGUGCAAUUCCCACCUGCGGAAAGCCGGGACGCAGAUUGAGAAUAUCGAUGAAGAUUUCCGUGAUGGCCUGAAGCUCAUGUUGCUACUGGAGGUCAUUUCAGGGGAGCGGUUACCAAAACCGGAGAGAGGAAAGAUGAGGGUACAUAAGAUCAACAACGUGAACAAAGCCCUCGAUUUCAUUGCGAGCAAAGGAGUGAAGCUGGUUUCCAUAGGAGCCGAAGAAAUUGUCGAUGGCAAUGCGAAGAUGACCCUUGGCAUGAUCUGGACAAUCAUCCUCCGAUUUGCCAUCCAGGACAUCUCCGUGGAAGAGACUUCAGCCAAGGAAGGACUAUUGCUCUGGUGCCAGAGGAAGACCGCUCCCUACAAGAACGUGAACGUGCAGAACUUCCACAUAAGCUGGAAGGAUGGCCUUGCUUUUAAUGCCUUGAUCCACAGACACAGACCAGAACUCAUUGAAUAUGACAAGCUAAGAAAGGACGAUCCAGUCACAAAUCUGAACAAUGCCUUUGAGGUCGCCGAGAAAUACCUCGACAUUCCCAAGAUGUUGGAUGCCGAAGAUAUUGUAGGCACGCUCAGGCCCGAUGAGAAGGCCAUCAUGACCUACGUCUCCUGCUUCUAUCACGCUUUCUCGGGGGCUCAGAAGGCCGAGACAGCUGCAAACAGGAUUUGCAAAGUGUUGGCCGUGAACCAGGAGAAUGAGCACCUGAUGGAAGACUAUGAGAAGCUGGCUUCUGAUUUGCUGGAGUGGAUUCAACGCACCGUCCCCUGGCUGGAGAACCGCGUACCUCAGAAGACCAUGCAGGAGAUGCAGCAGAAGCUGGAGGAUUUCCGCGACUACCGGCGGGUGCACAAGCCCCCCAAGGUGCAGGAGAAGUGCCAGCUGGAGAUCAACUUCAACACCUUGCAGACCAAGUUGCGGCUGAGCAACCGGCCAGCCUUCAUGCCCUCCGAGGGGAAAAUGGUUUCGGACAUCAACAACGGCUGGCAGCACCUGGAGCAGGCAGAGAAGGGCUACGAAGAGUGGUUGCUGAACGAGAUCCGGAGGCUGGAAAGAUUGGACCACUUGGCCGAGAAGUUCCGGCAGAAGGCGUCCAUCCACGAAUCCUGGACCGAGGGUAAAGAGGCCAUGCUGAGGCAGAAGGACUACGAAACGGCCACCCUGUCGGACAUCAAAGCCCUGAUCCGGAAGCACGAGGCUUUUGAGAGCGACCUGGCGGCCCACCAGGACCGCGUGGAGCAAAUCGCCGCCAUCGCUCAGGAGCUCAACGAGCUGGACUAUUACGACUCGCCCAGCGUCAACGCCCGGUGCCAGAAGAUCUGUGACCAGUGGGACUCUCUAGGAUCCUUGACCCACACGCGGAGAGAAGCGCUGGAGAAAACGGAGAAGCAGCUGGAGACCAUUGACCAGCUCCACCUGGAAUACGCCAAGAGGGCGGCGCCCUUCAACAACUGGAUGGAGAGCGCAAUGGAGGACCUGCAGGACAUGUUCAUCGUCCACACCAUCGAGGAGAUCGAGGGCCUGAUCGCAGCCCACGACCAGUUCAAAUCCACCCUGCCCGAUGCAGACAAAGAACGGGAGGCCAUCCUGGGCAUCCAGAGCGAAGCGCAGAGGAUCGCGGACUACAACAACAUAAAACUCUCUGGGAACAACCCCUACACUUCGGUCACUCCGCAGAUCAUCAACUCCAAGUGGGAAAGGGUUCAGCAGCUGGUGCCAAAGAGGGACAACGCCCUGCAAGACGAGCAAUCCAAGCAACAGUCCAAUGAGCACUUGCGCCGGCAGUUUGCCAGCCAGGCCAACAUCGUGGGGCCCUGGAUCCAGACCAAGAUGGAGGAAAUCGGCCGCAUCUCCAUCGAGAUGAACGGCACCUUGGAAGACCAGCUGAACCAUCUCAAGCAGUACGAGCAGAGCAUCGUGGACUACAAGCCCAACAUCGACGUCCUGGAGCAGCAGCACCAACUCAUUCAGGAGGCCCUCAUCUUCGACAACAAGCACACCAACUACACCAUGGAGCACAUCCGCGUUGGGUGGGAGCAGCUUCUCACCACCAUUGCCCGGACCAUCAACGAGGUGGAGAACCAAAUCCUGACCCGGGACGCGAAGGGAAUCAGCCAAGAGCAGAUGCAGGAAUUCCGGGCCUCCUUCAACCACUUCGACAAGGACCACGGCGGCUCCCUGGGACCCGAAGAGUUCAAAGCCUGCCUCAUCAGCUUGGGAUACGAUGUGGAAAAUGACAGACAGGGAGACGCAGAGUUCAACCGGAUCAUGAGCCUUGUGGAUCCCAACAACAGCGGUGUUGUGACUUUCCAAGCCUUCAUUGACUUCAUGUCCCGGGAGACCACGGACACAGACACGGCUGACCAGGUCAUUGCCUCCUUCAAGGUCCUGGCUGGUGACAAGAACUACAUCACGGCAGAGGAACUGCGGCGGGAGCUUCCCCCAGAUCAAGCGGAGUACUGCAUCGCCCGCAUGGCACCUUACCAGGGGCCCGACACCAUCCCCGGGGCCCUGGACUACAAGUCCUUCUCCACGGCACUGUACGGCGAGAGCGACCUGUGAGGCAGAGAUGACGGCGGCGGCAGCGGCAACAGCAGCAGCAGCAAGCGCUGGCGCUUCUUUCGGAAGGGAGGGGGGAGCAGCAGUCCGAAUUUCCCUCCAAGCUGUAUUCUCACACUCACACACACACACACACACACACACACACACGGCAAUGGGGACAUUGUCCUUUUCUUCCUUUCUUCCUUUCUCUCUCUCUCUCUCUCUGAGGACAGAAAGCUGCCUCCACGCUGGGCGACCCUGGGAGCUGGCCUAUAUAACUAAUUUCUUUUUAAAUGCGUAUUCUACGAACACUGUUACCUAUGCAACGGCCACCCUUCUUCCCUUUCCUAAAACACUAACCAGAGGGGGAGCGAGGCUCAGUGGCCCCUUUCCCCCCCCCCCUACCUUUUCACCGCUUUGCCAGGGAGGGGGGCGACCAGGGCUCUAGAGCUUUUCAGCAAAGGGAAGAGUGCAGAAGACGUGCAGGCGGCCGAGGUUCAGAUGGCUAUUUUUGUUAAAGUAGAGAUCCUGUUCUAUUUUUUUUCGCCCUAUCCAUUGUAAAAGGGGGGGGGGGGGUUCUCCUCUUGGCUGGUAUGUUCUUUGGAGUUGGUUCCCUUUCCCCCCCAUGCUUGGUCGGUCUCUCUCUCUCUCUCUCUCUAAUUUGUGUCUGGGCAGCCCAAACCCCAACUUGGAUCAAUGGUGCGUUGACACUCAAAGCAAUCCACAUCCGGAGGACUGCCGAGAUCCACUUUCUGCUCUCUUUUUUGUUUUUUAAAUGCAGAACCUGGAUACCUCGUUCCUUUCCAGCCAGCUGUGUUAGGCAGUUUGAGAAUAGCCUUUCCCUCUCUUCUCCACCCCCCCCCCACACCCCAGUGAAGUCCUCCUUUUCCCACCCAGCACCUGCCUGCCCACUUCCAUCCUUACUGACGCAAACAUGCCUGAGUCGGCGGCGCUUUUGGACUUCGGAGGCAGGCUGGCCCAGGCUCAGUUUCCACGCAGACGAGUUGCUCUUUGACUCCGUCUGCCCUGUCGGUCCUGAAUAGCUCAUGUAGUCACCACCUCUUUUAUUUCCACAAGCGUCGCCCACUUUCUCUCUCUGUUGGACCUCCGUAGUUUGACCUUCACCCAUCGGGUGGGUUGGUCGGUUUCCAAUUCUGGGUUAUUUCGGAUGGGGGGGGGGCGGGGCGGAGGAGAGGUAGUUCCGGGGAGGAAGCGUUUGCCUUGUCAAGUUGCACAGACUGUGAGAACGCGCCGGCAGAAGCAAUGCCCAGACCGCUCAGUGCUGGCUGCUUCUUCACUGAUCCCUUGUAAGGGAGGCAAAAACGGUAUAAAGAGAGAGGGAUAACUCUCCCCCUGUUUUGCACGCUACACCUGUGUCCGGCUUUAAAAACCAACUCCCCCCCCCCACACACACACACAUUUCCCAAGUCACCCCGGCCGACUUUUUCUCGUGCAAAGUUUGGAAACACAUUUAUCUGAGCAAUACUGACACAAUUGAAAGGCAAAGCACAGAACGGGGUCACGAUACACGAAAGAAGCAGAGGCCGGCCUGCAGGUAGAAGACUUUCUCAUUUCUUCCAGCUGGCCGUCGCGCAUCAGUCUUAAAAGCUGGCAGUCCCUCCUCAAAGCAGGCGGGUUUGUCCGUUUUCUCUUUUGCACACUUCCCCCCUCCCCACAAACACACCAAAGUGCGGUGCGUGGGGUGCGGGGAGAGAAAUGAAACGGCGGUGGGGUUGAUCCGCGGGAGAGGCUCUUGGACGGCGUCUGGAAAGGAGGGCUUCAGGAAACCCAAGCAAGAAACGUGACGUCUGAAGCAGGUGGAAUUUCUUUCCGGGUGCCUCAAAAGCUGCUCAACUGCUCAACUGCUCCCUUUUCCCUUUAGGCAGGAGCAACUCACACGUUCAGUCUUCCUCACUUCCUCUUCACUCCAAACAACCCUUUAAAUCCAUUGCUUCACGCAUAUAUAUAUAUAUAUAUAUAUAUAUAUAUAUAUAUAUGUAAUUUCAUCAUGGUGCAGGGUUUUGUGAGGACCAAAUUUAAACAAAACAGAACCAUGCAAAGAUCUUUUUUUUUUUUUAAAAAAAAAGAGAAAUUAAAAACACAGCAAACAGUUGCAAUUUAAUAACGUCCAGAUUUAUUAUUAUUAAAUAUAUAUAUAUAUAUUCAUCUAGCAUCCUAUAUUGCCGAUCCGUGGUGUGCGUUUUUGUUUGUCUUUUUUCCUUUCAUCAUGUACUUAAAAAUUACGGCUGACUGUAGCACUGGAAACUGUAACAUUCCCAUACCUGUUUUUUGGUCAUCCCAUCUUUUUCGUUUCGGUUUUCUUUCUCUCUCUCUCCCUUUUUUUUUUUUGUCGUCGGAGACGGUUUAGCUUAUUUUAUUGCGUUUGCUACUGAAUGCCUGCCCGUGAAGGACAGAUACUUCAGCCCUUAGGGAGAAGCCCGCUCCUGUCCGCCUCUGUUCAUCACCCGGUCUACUCUAAAACUUCGAAGCUUUCUGGGGAAGCUCUCCCUCCCUCCCUCUAUCCCCUCCCCUCCCUCUUGGGAACAAGACAAUAAAGUGUAAUAUUUUUAAGGAUGA